GAUAUCGAUUGCUAUAGAGACUGGAGCGACACGAUGCUGAUAUUGAACUUGGAGCUUCCAGAUGUAGUCAUCUCUCCUUUUUUAAUUCGCAAUAAUGAUUAUCUGAUUUAACAUUGGAUAUUGCAAAGAGUGUACGAGUACUCCGCACAUUCUUAGACAAGCUCGAGACAAGCUGCUGCUGCCCAGUUCUUUAUCAGAUAAUGCACGGACAUCGGUGUUACAGAAGAUAAGCUAUUUUAUACUGCCGCAACCGGUUUCAUCGGAUAUGUGCGUGUGAGGGGCAAGACUCAUUCAUUCCAUCGAUUGUGAAUUUCCAUCUCAACUGAGCUUGGCAAUACUCUAUUUCGAUUUGACAUAUACAAUCGUUACACGUUCGUCAACGAUGCUCACAAGUCCUUUAAAUCUGCCCAAGUGGCUCGAAGAGAACUCUCAUCUCUUGAAGCCUCCCAUUAACAAUUACUGCGUCUACAACAAAGAUGUGACUGUCAUGAUCGUAGGAGGCCCCAAUGCACGAACCGACUAUCACAUAAACGAGACCGCAGAGUGGUUCUACCAAUACAAGGGAGCUAUGAUGUUGAAAGUCGUAGAUGAAGGCGAGUUUAAGGAUAUCAUUAUUGGAGAAGGAGAAAUGUUUCUCUUGCCACCAAAUACGCCGCAUAAUCCUGUUCGAUUCGCAAACACAGUGGGCAUUGUACUAGAGCAACCAAGACCAGAGGGUUCGUUAGAUAGGCUGAGGUGGUAUUGUACAAACUGCCGCGAGGUGGUGGAGGAAGCUGCCUUCCAUUGUACAGACUUGGGCACGCAAAUCAAGGAAGCUGUGAAUAGCUUCAAGGAUAGUGAGGAUAGGAGGAAAUGCAAGAAAUGCGGGACAGUUGCGGAAUCAGCGCCUCCGGUAGGAUCUAUCAAGGACCCAAAUAUCGCUUGAUUGAUGAGAAAAGGAAUAAUGAAAUAGUGAAGUUUUUCGCA